UUAUGUUUUUGUUAUGGUGGAUGGUGAAGAUGAAAUUGAGAACAUUGUUUGGUUUUUUUGAUUGGUUGCAGAACCUGGAUUGGAGAAGAGUGAAAGUGAAGCCAUUUGUGAGUAAUUCAAGAGCAUUAAGGUUGCAACAGCAGCAUCAACCAAACAUACAGAUGCCUUUGAAUGUAUUUCAAGAUAAAGAUGGAUUGCCAAGGAUUGUAUUGACUGAUCCAAAUGGUUCAUCAGCUGAGGUGCUUCUCUAUGGAGGGCAUAUUGUUUCAUGGAAGAAUCAAAGGAAGGAAGAACUGCUUUUUAUGAGCAGUAAGGCUAAAUGGAAACAACAUAAAGCAAUCAGAGGAGGUAUAUCAGCUUGCUUCGCACGGUUUGGUGAUGUUGGUUCACUUGAGCAACAUGGAAUGACAAGAAAUAGAAUGUGGUCAUUGGAUAGAGACCCUUCACCACUUCCUCCAAUAGACAAUCAUUCAUCUGUGGAUUUGAUAUUAAAGUCAACGGGAGUUGACUUAAAGACGCCACAAAGUUUUGAGUUGAGACUUCGAAUAUCUCUAAGUACCGGCAAGCUCAUUCUGAUUCCUAGAGUCAGAAACACUGAUAACAAACCAUUUUCUUUUGCAUUUUCGCUAUGCAACUAUUUGUCUGUAUCAGAUAUCAGUGAAGUGCGUAUCGAGGGAUUAGAGACACUUGAUUAUGUUGAUAAUCUGAUGAAUAGAUCAAGAUUCACAGAACAGGCUGAUGCAAUUACAUUUGAUGGAGAGACGGAUAGAGUAUACUUGCACAGCCCAAAUAAAAUUGCCAUCAUAGAUCAUGAGAAGAAAAGAACUUUUGUACUCCAGAAGAAUUCACUUCCAGAUGCAGUUGUAUGGAAUCCAUGGAAUAAAAAGGCGAAAGCUCUACCUGAUUUGGGAGUUGAUGAUUACAAAAUGAUGUUAUGUGUGAAUUCAGCAGCUAUUGAUACUCCUAUUAUCUUGAAACCAUGUGAAGAAUGGAAAGGUUAUCAAGAAAUUUCAACUGUUUCAUCAAGCUAUUGCAGUGGACAAUUGGAUCCUCGUCGAGUUCUUUAUGGUUUUCAGUGAACUGUAAUCGAUGGAGUUAAAUCAACAAAGAUUUAUACAUAUUAUGUGUACACUUUAAAGUGCACAAUCAUAAUGCAAUAGCUUGUCCAUAUAUAUAUAGACUAUAGUUCCUCUUCAUAGGGUUACAUUGCCUUAAGACAGCAAUAAGGUGUGCUUGAUCAAUGCCAUGCCGAUACCCUUUUCCAAUGAUUAAGAGAUGUUUUGCUUGAUGGCAUGAUGCUAUGACAAUUGCUUAGCAAUUUUUGUGUAUUUGUUAAGUACCAAUGAAAAUCUUCAGAGAAUGGAAACUGGUGAUGCUGUGCAUACAUGUUUCGAAUUCUUCUGUUAUGAACAAGAACAUUAAAUUUUUCUUUUUUAUCGACGCUUUUUGUUUGGAGAACCUGCAAAUUGUGGCCUUGUGCUUUAUGUUUGGAGAACCUGCAAAUUUUGUGACCUUGUGAAUUGUGAUCAUGAACAUGUUUCUAUCUACAUUUUUACCUUCUCGAA